ACCAAUUAGCAUAACGAUCAUUUCAAACAUUUAAUGAAUAUGAAAAAUUUUAAGAAUAACGUUAGAUAUAGCCUCUAUAGCACUCAUAAACAUAUCGCAGUCGUGCGUGAUACCCGUACCGGCAUACGUCGGACGUUUCUUAGCUACACAUAUUAGUUACGGGUUUUCUUGAACCUUGUUCGGUUAUCAAUUUAUUGUUCAUAAUUAAUUUCGUGAUGUACCUUUCGCACAAUUAUUUACGUAUUUUUCAUGAUUUAAUAAUCGAAACGUACUUUUUUUGGAACUUCUUACCUUUAUUACUCUUCAUCUAUCAACUAGUUUGUCACGAUCAAAUAAUUUAUAGCUCUUCUAUUUCAACAUAACGAUAAAUUAAACUGACUUAUUUAUUUAUUUAUUUAAUACAUUCGAGUAUUGCUGUAAAUAUUUAUAUAUAUAUAUAAUAAAAACAUAUUAUAUAUAUAUACGUAAAAGAAGAAAAUAAAUUGUAUAUAAGAAAUUUUAAAUCUAAUUCUCUCAAAACUCAAAAUUCAACUUUGCAAUUAAUGCAUUCUGUAAAGAGCAACAUGUUUUUUGUAUGUGUAACUGUUGGCCUUGUACUCUUAGCUUCUAAGUACCGCAAAAAUGUGUUUCAAAGUGUUAAACACCUUUGUCAAAGUAUAAAAAACAAGAGUUAUGGAAAAAGUGAUAAGAAACAAGAACUUAAGAUUACAUUAGACAAAAUUAUUUUGGCAGAUACUCCAGAAAAAUGUGAUUACGCCAUUCAACGUAUUCGCUGCAACUUAUCUAAUGGUGUAUUGGGUUUUGAUUGUGAAUGGGCCAACGAAGGACCUGUUUCUCUCCUCCAACUUGCUACCUUUAAUGGAGUAUGCGGUCUUUUCCGCAUUGGUAAAAUUGGAUAUAUUCCAUAUAAAUUAAAGGAAUUACUAGCUAGUAAACAUAUCCUCAAAGUUGGAGUUGCUUCAUAUGAAGAUGGACAAAAAAUAAUAACAGAUUAUGGGUGUAAAGUUUGCGGUACACUUGAUUUGAGGACAUUGGCAGACCGUGUAAAUUUACCAUGUCCAAAGAGUUUAGCUGCAAUGAGUUUAGAAUACUUGGGUUUGGAAAUGGAUAAAUUGAUAGAAGUAAGGUGUGGCAAUUGGAAUGCUGGCACCCUCACUGACGAACAAGUAGCAUAUGCUGCUUGCGAUGCAAUUGCGUCUGUUCUUAUUUAUGACCAGAUCGUGCAAAGGAUAAAGAAAAAGUAUUCUUUAUGGCAAAACUUUGUGAAUUAUAUAAAACAUGUAUGUAACAAAAAUGUAAAUAUGCAAUUUCACUGUUUACCUAGUGGUGUAAUUGAUACAAGGUUCAAGGCUCAACACACGCACACAAACAGUAAUUACAAAAGUACGAAAUGUAGCAAUGUUCACAAAGAUAGCAAUUAUUUAAAAACAAACAAUGCUACACAUACAAGUAAUAUACCUAUUAGAAAUAAACCAUUAUAUCACAACUGCUAUUUGCAAGCACCAGAUGGAGACAUAUUGUGUACCUGCGAUCGUAAAAAGGCAGAAUGGUAUGUUACUAAAGGAUUAGGGAAUGUAAUUGAAACAGUACCCUUUACCGUGAGGUUAAACUUUGAACCCUCUGGACGUGCUUUGGGUGAGGUUGGACAAUAUUAUACGCAAGUUAAGCUUAAUCAAUGUGUAGUGUGCGGUACUUCAGAGAAAUUCAUUAGAAAAAAUGUUGUUCCACGAGAAUACCGUAAAUACUUCCCUGUGGUGAUGAAAGCUCAUCAAUCGCACGAUAUAUUAUUAUUGUGUCCAUCGUGUCAUGAAACAAGUAAUUGUAAUGAUCUGCAAUUGAGAAAAAAACUGGCUGAUAUGUGUGAUGCUCCUUUAGCUGGCCCAUUAACACAUACACGUAAUAAGAAUGUAAAUAAUUGGAGAAAAUUGCAUUCAGCUGUUAAGGCUUUAAAAGAAAGCACGACUUUACCGGAUGUAAGGCGUCAAGAACUAGAACAUUAUAUUUUGAAAUGUACAAGUCAACAACAAAUAACACCUGCUCUUCUCGAUGCUUUGAGUAGAGAGUUGAAAAAUGCUAUGGUGUCAGUGGCUAGUCAUGAUCAGUUUAAAUGUCAACCUCAUGGUUUAAAGGUGGUUCAGUAUUUUCAAAGAAAGGAAGGGGGAUUAGUAGAAUUGGAACGCAUGUGGAGAGAACAUUUUCUUUUGACUAUGAAACCAAAACAUUUGCCAAACUUGUGGUCUGUACGUCACAAUCACGAGAGAUUGACUAUUCGUCAGUCACAAAAUAGAAUUGAACCGGAAGAUGUAAAAGUAGCUGGUUUGGCAUACUGAAUUUUAAGAAUUAUGUACCUAAAAGGACUCGUAUAAGAGCGAGUACUUGUAUUGAAAGACUGUUAUAUCCCUUAAUGCAUAUAUUGAUAUUCAUACAAUACACAUGUAUAUAUAUAUAUAUUUCUAUACAUAUAUACAUAUAUAAACACAAUGUAAACACAUGCAUAAGACCUCUGUUUUCAUUUGUGAAAUUGUUUGGAAAUACUGUAAUUUGUAAAAAGGCAAAGACUGGUAAACUGUGUAUCUCAAAUAAAAUGUUUUCUUUUA